AUGAUAUUUGCUUUAGAUGAAGAACUACAAAAAUUAAACCUAAAUCCAUCAACGUCAUCACCAUCACCAGGAGACAUCGAGCCCAAUCUACCAACAUUCCACAGGUCAGAAGUGGAAGAAACUUUGGAGACUGAUGAUGAAUUAGAUAUAACAAAUCCACCACAUUUGAAUGGACAGCCAAUCCCAUUUACUAGCUCGAAAAUUGGGACAAGAAGAAGAUCAUCACGUAUUGAUAAAUUCCCUGUAUUGACCCCCACAAACGUUAAACAUAUUCCCUUAACAUACGAUCAUAAUGAUGACGUAGUUGAAGAAGAAUUAGAACGCUCCUCUACUCAUAUAGAUACUUUAGCUAUCCCAAUCCCUAGUACGACAGAGAAGAAGAACAGGAAGAAAAGUGUAAGUAGAACUGUGCGUGAUUUUAAACCUGUAAGAGUCUUAGGACAAGGUGCGUAUGGUAAAGUUUUAUUAGUGAAGGAUAAGAGUUCAAGUAAACUUUAUGCUAUGAAACAAUUAAGAAAGGCAGAAAUAUUAAUUACACAAGAUGUCACCAAGACGAAGCAAGAAGAAAAUGAAGAAGAUGAAGAGAAGAAGUUACAAAAGAGACUUGAAAGGACAUUUGCUGAAAGAUCAAUUUUGUCUGAAUUGGAACAUCCAAAUAUUGUUAAAUUGUUUUAUUCAUUUCAUGAUAAUUCUAAAUUAUAUCUAUUAUUACAAUAUAUUCCUGGUGGUGAAUUGUUUUUCCAUUUGAAAGAGUAUGGUACGUUGGAUGAAACUACUGUUGCAUAUUAUGCUGCUGAAAUUAGUUGCGCUUUGAAAUUCUUGCAUGAUAAAGGCAUCGUUUAUAGAGAUUUGAAGCCUGAGAAUUGUUUAUUAAAUGAAACAGGUCAUUUAGUCUUAACUGAUUUUGGAUUGAGUAAGAAAAGUGUUUCACAAGAGGUUAAUUCAGAGUUAAAUAGUGAAGAUACUGAUACACCCACAGAACAAAUAGGUGAGAAUGUUGAUACGCUACACUCGAUUAUCGGAACACCUGAAUAUUGUGCUCCAGAAAUUUUAAAAGGGUUACCAUAUGAUAGAAAUUGUGAUUGGUAUUCAUUAGGUUGUUUAUUAUAUGAUAUGCUUUCAGGUAAACCACCUUAUACUGGGGUCGAUCAUAAAGUCAUCUUAAAUAAGAUUCAAAAGGAUAAGACAGGUCCAAAAAUCCCAUUCUAUUUAAGUGAUGGUAUGAAAGAUAUGCUAACUUGGUUGUUGAAAAAGGAUAGAAGUAAAAGAUGGGAUGUUGAUAAAUAUUGGGCACCAAUUGCAAAUAACAAUAAGAAAUUAAAGAAGAAAAAUGGUAAAGAACGUACAAGUGAUUUCCAAAGUCAUUUCAUCUUUAGAAAGAUUGAUUGGAACCUAUUAGAAUCUGGAGAAUUACAAAAGACUACUAUGGGUCCUAUUGUACCAAUUAUUACUGAUUUGGAAUUGGCCGAAAAUUUCGAUUCUGAAUUCACUUCAAUGUCCUAUGAAAACUUUGAUGAAGAUAUUUUGAAUAAUGAUACGAAUUCCAUUGAUAUGUUUCAAGGAUUUAGUUAUAAAGCAAGUGGAAGUUACUUAGAGAAGUAUUUUUGA